CGCUUGUGGAGUCGGGUGAGGGCGGCGGGCUGAGUAGCGGCGACUGCUGGAUGAGGACAGGGUCAGCCCGGGUUUCGACUCCGUCGUGGGGGUAGGCAGUCGCGACGUGGAGGGCGAGGCGGCGGACGGAGGGCGCGCCGGCUGAGCAGACGGAUGGGCUCCAUGGCUCGGCGUGGGCUCCUGGAAGGCAGCAACGCCAAGGGCUCCUCCUCCGCCGCCGCCGCCGCCGCGAGUAGCGGCGCUGGGUUCCCUUGAGAGGCGCCUUCCCGCUUGAAGGGAGGGGGCGCUAACUGUCGCCUGGCAGGCCGGAGAAGAGAGGAGGCGGCGGGGGACUCUGGGUCUCCGUCCUCCCUGACGGGCGCGCCGGGGAUUGGAGUUGGCGGCGUCGGCGGCGUCUCUGCCUCUAUGAUGAAGUUCAAGCCGAACCAGACGCGCACCUACGACCGGGAGGGCUUCAAGAAGCGAGCGGCGUGCUUGUGCUUCCGCAGCGAGAGGGAGGACGAGGUUCUGCUAGUAAGCAGCAGCCGGUAUCCAGAUCAAUGGAUUGUUCCAGGUGGAGGAAUGGAACCAGAAGAAGAACCAGGUGGUGCUGCAGUCAGAGAAGUCUAUGAAGAGGCUGGAGUGAAGGGAAAACUAGGCAGAUUGCUGGGAAUAUUUGAGCAGAAUCAAGACCGGAAGCAUAGAACUUAUGUUUAUGUUCUUACAGUGACUGAAAUCCUGGAAGACUGGGAAGAUUCAGUUAAUAUAGGCAGGAAAAGAGAGUGGUUUAAAGUUGAGGAUGCUAUCAAGGUCCUUCAGUGUCACAAGCCUGUCCAUGCAGAGUACUUGGAAAAACUGAAAUUAGGGUGUUCACCAACCAAUGGAAAUUCUGUGGUCUCUUCCCAUCCUGGUAACAGUUCUCUUUAUGUCACUUCUACACAGACUUCUGGGCUGCCCUCUACUGUAAGAUAAAAUCUGAAUUACUUUCUUGUAUGCCAUCACAAGGAGAAAUGUCUUUUGGUGGUAAUGUGCUAUGUGUAUACUCAUCAAAACCCUGAGUAUGAAUACUUUGUAUGUUCAGGCCUAUUUUUGUUUUUAGCAAUUUAUAAUAUUUAAUAAGCCAAAGCCAUACAGGGAAUUAAAGAUGCCUUAAAUGGCCCUUUAAAGUAAAAUACAGUUAAAAUAUAGUUAUCUUAAAUACCUGGUAAAAAUAAGAGUGAACUUGUAAUUUGGCUUUUGAGUAUAGCUUAAUUUUUCUUCCUUGUAAAUUUCCUGAAAAUCAAACCAUUAGUUUGGGGAAACUUUUUAGUAUUGUCAUUAUUAUUUCCCUACUUUAACAUAGUUAGCUGGAGGAGUAAAGAGGCAGUGGAAAUCAACAGCAAGUGCCUUCUUCUAUUUCAGGAAGCUUCCUCCUCCCUAGUAUUUCACAUGAAGAGCCUAACCAGAGCAGUGCCAGGUGGACUUGUCUUUGCCAAAGACUUCAUACUGCUCUUGCUGACAACAUUUAGCCAAACAGCCAGAUUGUUGAGGUGCAUACACACCAACCCCUGUUAGAAUCUGCUUGUCCUCCUCUUGCUUAAGUCAGUGUUAGCUUUCUUGGCCAUUCCAAUAGCAGGCGUUCCAUCCCUGCUUUCUUUGAAAUUGUGUGAAUUGGAUCAGUGUUGGGAAGAUAACUGCUUGAGCAUUAAGAAAAGGCAGAGAGUACACACUUAAAUGAUUCCUGGCCCUAUUUUAAUCUCUGCUCAUAAAAACAGGGACAUGCAGAUUCUAUAAACUUAAGUCUCUGAAACCAUUUCCACUAAACUUCCCUGUUUCUCUAAAGUCAGAACUGUGGCUGAGGUAAAGAAACUACCUCUAUCAUGAAGACUGUCUCUUCUCAUUGUUUCUAUGUAAGAUAAACCCACUGUAAAUAAUCCAACUGGUGUAAAGUGAAAAGUAAAUGUAAUGUAAAUACUGUGUUGCGCACAAAACUAGGUUAUCACCUAGGGCUCUAGUGUCUUAGCACCUACAUAACAGGCAGAAAGUUAAAACAGCCUAGUUUUGUUUUUUUCAUAUCACUGUUAUCGUCUAAGGGAUUUCUGCUGAAAACAGUUGUUAAAGGCACAGAAGCCCUUUUGGAGCUGAAGGUGGCAACCCUACACAACCUUCAACAUUGUUUAAAAUGCUGCUAUAAAUUAAUCCAUGUGCUGUUACAAUUUUUAAGGGAAAUAAUGGUGUCAUUAGCUUUCCCUCUAGAAAAACUGGGAAUAUAAAUAUUGUGCCAUAUAUAAAUGCAUUUGAACAAGGAACAUCAGUCAUGAGUAUUACUUUUAAGAGCCAAAAUUCAAAGUAGACUUGAAUAUCUGCCACAGAAUAGA